AUGAAUUGGGACGGUCGCCAUCAUAACAAGCUCUCCAAAUGCUUUGAUGACAUCAUGACAGCCGCUGCAGAAAUGAUGGUGCAGCAGCAGAUAAAGAGCAUUCAACUCAGUUCAGAUAUAGCACCGGGUUUUACACAGUCGCAACACAAAUUACUGGGCGAGAAAGUACACGCCUUCCAUUCGGUUCUUGACGACCUGGACCUAACACUUACGGCAGCAAGAAACUCUGUAGACAGCUUAGCUGCGGAGGCCCUGGAGCGUGAGCAGAAGUUACGGGAACAACAGAGGCUUCAAGAGAAAGAGGACCAGAAAAUGAAGGAGCAAGAGGAAGAGCGUAAGCGAUUGGAGGAGGCCCGAAAGUCUUCCGAGCAGGCACCAGCUUCUGGUGGGGAUUAUGCGGAAUCCACGCCCGCCACAUUUCUUAAUGAAAUCUCCAAAACAGGGCUGGCAGCUUCCAAGUCAAAUAUUAAAGUAGACGCGAGUGGUACCACUGCAAGUGACAAUGGAAACUCAAAUAUAGGUGGUAAUGCGGGGGAUAAUGGAAGUGGAAGUAACGGAAACUUCAGCUCGGGUUUUAAUGAUUUGAACGAUCUCGAUUUGUCGAUGUUUGGUGGGGUUGAGGAAAGCGAUAUAGGACUUGGAAACUUUGAUGACACUCAAUUGGCUCCGCCACAAGACAAAAAUCCGGGAAAUCAGAUGGCAUAUAGCUCGACCAUGACGCCGAGCAAUGGCAGAGACCCGAACGACAUGCUUAGUGACGAGGCCGGUGGUAAUCCAGACAGUUAUUUGACAUUAAAUGAUUUCAACGACCUCGGAUUGGAUUGGAAUACUUCAGAAGGCCAUAACGGACUUGAAAUGGACGAGUUUAACAUAUAG